GAUUUUUUGGAGGCAGGUUUGGGGGGACUGCUGAAGCGUCUGGCUAAUUUUUUGAAAGCUGGAACCCGAAGGACUAAGGAUGCGCCCAAAAACGUGUUUACAAGAAAACGUGUAGAACUGCCGAACGCCGUGUUGCACCAUGGCUGGCUCCUUGUGGCUCCUGGCGGCGCAGGAGUCGCAGGAGGAGCGGGUCACAUGUUUUAGUAUUUCACUGUUUGCGAUUUGUUCACGCGCAUCCGUUCGCUUGAGUUGAAUUUGAAAGAACAUGAAGUGGCAUAGAUGAUUCGAUGAUUAUUCUAGGUGAUGCUAGUGGGGAGUGCCGGUCUCAACUCGUUGUUUUCUUUGCGCUCAUAGUUGCACGAAUGCUGGUUGCAAGGAUCAAAGAAGGGAACGCACUGGUGCACAUUCUUUCGCUUCCUCAUGUCAUGUGGCCCAUAGGACGAGUGUGAGAACGUGGUGCAGCUCUGGAAAAAGAUGGUCGAGGAUGAGCGCCACUUUGCCUUGAUGUUAGAUGUGGGCCUGUGCUUGAUGACCCUGGUGGCCCUGGGUUCGAUCUCCUUCAUCGUCGGUGGAUGGGUGAAACCACGAGCUCCUGGUUACUGGACCCACAGGCCCUGGAGCCCUUUCAGGGACCACUACUACUCUGAGGUGGAUGUCACAGAAGAGUUGCGUGAUAUCGUGCAGCAGCUCUUCGAUUUGUGCACACAGUCGGAGAAUAUGGGUCAAGGAGAAGAUGGGAAAUGGGUGAGUCAUCGCUCCUUCCGGGUGACCCAGGUGCACCGCAUCGAGAACGGGCCGCUCUGGUCCAGUUAUGCGACGACCAAGAAAUCCAUCCCGAAGUGCCAGGCAAGCUUGAAGGAGAUGAGCGCCGCCCUCCGAAAGCGGACGGAAGACGCCAUCCAGGAGCUUGACAUGGAGGACGAGAAGCUCCAUGGUGCUGCGAUGAUCAAGGACUUCGUCAAAUCACUGGGCCUGGACCGGAAGAGGAACGAGAGGCUCCUGUUCCAUGGAAGCCCGGGUCAGGGUGCUGUGAACCUCAAUACCGGCGAGGUGAUCUUCCCUGAAAAGGACAAAAAUCCGGUCUAUGCCAUUAAGCAGUCAGGCUUUGAUGACAGGCUCAGCAGUGUGCGUGGGAUGUACGGCUCCGGCGUUUACUUUGCCCAAAAGGCCUGCAAAGCAGACCAGUACGCUGGGCAGUAUCACUGGCCACCUCCGCCUGGUUCUCCCUUCAACUACUAUUGCAGUGUGGGAGAGAAGGCCACGAUCUUUCUGUCCAGAGUGGUCCUUGGAUGCCCCUACAAGACGGAGCUCUCUUUAGAACAGCUCCGACGGCCGCCAUGCAUUGAAGGGCAUUUCGAUCUGAACCUCCUCUGGAACGAAGACCUGCGACCGACUUCGACCCCUUGGAGACUCAAAGGAGUGCCGUGCUGUAUUUGCUCGCACCAACGUUUUGAUUCCGUCAUGGCGGGCUUGAGCAUCGACAUGAGAGAGAAGCUGUAUCGGGAGUUCGUGGUGUACGACAAGCAAUGCUAUCCCGAGUUCUGUGUCACCUACGAGCGAUGUCGUGCUCCGGUGCCUGCUCGUGGGCGGUCCUCACGGCGGUGAGAGGGCGAGACGAGCGCUGAGCUGGUCAGCGAGGAGCAAAGCAUGCUGUUGAG